AGUAGAGUGGUGAGACGGUUGCGUUGCUUGCUUAACUCUGACACGUGUUUGUGAGUGCAAGAAAAAGAACACAUGAAGUUGGUGGCUAUUACGACUAUUUUAAAAAAUUGUGUUAGCUGCUUUCCAACAGUUCAUAGUCAGAGCAGAGAGAGAGAGAGAGAGAGCUGUCCAUCAUCACACUGUGUCCAUGAUGAAAACGACCGUCGCCAAACUUGCCAUACUCAUCUUCCUUGCUUUCAUUGUGUGCCUCCCAGAGUUUUUCCCAUCACAAGUGUUACAGGUCCAGUUUCUUUGUGCACCUUUUGACCCUUGUGACGCUAACAGUGGGCAUGACGAUUAUGACAGACAGGCCUAUGAAAUGUAUGACAGUGCAGGUCUCACUCGGCCCCUGUGUGAGGCAAAAAACUCAACCAGUCAGGAUGAAGCAGUAAAGGAGUGGUUUGUGUGCGAGACUCACACUGACCUGCGGAGUCUCCAUGACAACGUCUCCAUCUCAGAAAUUGACAUGGAGGUGAGUGUUAGGCUACAGGUCGCGGCUCCUCCUCUUCUGCAGAAUGUUACUGUAAGUGGCCAUUUUAACUACAGUGGACUUCACAUUGAAACACAAGACAACAUCACACUGUUCGGCUGCUGCAUCCAGAAGGAUAGCACACAACAAAACAAAGACAAGACGCCACAAUCCAGCUCCUCAACACAAACCUCAGUGUCUGACCAACCAAAUAUUUCAGAACCAGGCAUCUUCUCAGCAGGAUCACUUGACGCAACAUCUUCUGAAGGAAAAAAAUCCAGUUCUCAUCACAUCCACCAGUCAAACAGAAGCCAUUGCCUUUUUCACUUCAAGGACAUUCAGAGGACGUCUUCAAAAACAGUGAUUCAGUGGAGUGUCAUUACCAUUGUGUGGUUGGUUCUGGUGGUAAUGGUGAUCGUAUUGGUCCUUCUGGGAGUCAGAGAUCAGGUCUUUAAGAACAGACACUGCAACAAAAAAAAGGUGAUACCGAUUCUACCCCCUGCCAAUCAGCCAAAGACGUUUUCCAAUCGCCGAGUUAAAUCUUUAAGUGAUUUGCCUGAUGAUGUAUCAACGAUAAGCAUAGAAGAUAAAGAACUGUUCUUGGACAAGAGGCCAUCAGAUUACUCAAGAGGUCAUGCAACAUCUCAUCAAAAGCACUCUUUGGCUUCUACUAAAAGGUUUCUUCAGGUUUUUCAAGAAUCGUACCAGAGAGUCCUCUCUCCAAUUCCUGAGCUAUCUGCAACAGAUGUUUCACUGGGAGAAAAUGAAGAUGAAUGUGAUGAAGAAGCAAUGUCUGAUGAUGUAAUAACAGAAGACGAAUUUGAGAUGUGUCUGGAUGUCCCCCUAACCCCAGCAAACACACACUUGGAGAACUUCACUUUCCUGCACCAUCGUAGCCAUCCAUCUGUGGAAAGCUGCUAUUAGUCAAAAAGUCCAGGAGCAAAGGAUAUAAAAAGAUAUCCAACACUUUAAUUCCAGUGCUAUUUCUCACAUUCACAUUAACUUCCCCUCACGGCUUAUCCAUAGAUAUACGAGAACAAUAGAGGGCUCAUUAGGUGAUGAUCUUGACAAUCCAUCCCCCCCAUAUAUAUAUAUAUAUAUAUAUAUAUAUAUAUAUAUAUAUAUAUAUAUAUAUAUAUAUAUAUAUAUAUAUAUUCUUCUUCUUCUUCUUUUGGCUGCUCCCGAUUAGGGGUCGCCACAGUGGAUCUUUCGUCUCCAUUGCUCCCUGUCUUCCGCAUCCUUCUCUACCAGACCUGCCACUUGUCCUCUCUCACCACAUCCAUGUAUCUCCUCUUUGGCCUUCCUCAUUUUCGUCCUCGUUUUCGUAAUAUAUAUAUAUAUAUAUAUAUAUAUAUAUAUAUAAAAUUACAGUACUGUGCUAAAGUCUGAGGCACCCUAUUUUUUUACUUACAAACUUUGUUAUAGAUUUCUAUUUGAUGACUUCUACAUUUUCGAGUCAGUACAAAAACAUUUCAGAGUCCAAACAUUUGUUUUCCAGCACAAAAUUAAAUGUUACAGGGAAAAAACGUUUGUAUCUGAGCAGCAUAUUCCAUAAGAGCGCACUUUUCAGAUUAAAAAAGAAAACAUAAUGAAGGCUGCUGGGUUUUGGUGCAAAAUGAAGACGCGAGUGUGAGAGUCAAAGUGUCCAGAAGAACUGCAGCUGGUUCUGUAAGAUGCUCAGUAAAACCUACAGCUCAUUUCCUUAUAAAACUGCACUCAUUGUACCUGAGACUACUAUUUAUUUUUAAACCAAAGGGUCGUCUCACACCAAAUAUUGACUUUGUUAAAUUUAUUAUGGUUUACUGCUUACUGUUCAUAGUAUUUUUUUAAUCUUGAAACAUUUCAUUUCAUUAUUUUUAAACCAUUUUUGGUGUAGGUGCAAUAGGCUUAUCAAAUCAGUCUCAUGUAAAAAGGGAUCAGUCUCAUAAAUUCAUUAAUCAUUAAUUCAAGUGUCUAAUAGUUUAUAGCUAAACUAUUAAAAUCAAUGGAAUAACUUAGUGGUGAUGUUGCUAUAGUUUUAGUGAGUAUUGUAGCACUAAUGUAAUACGUUUACUCUAGAUCUAUAACAUUCAUAUAACAACCAAAUAGGCGAAGGCAAUUAGAAUACUUGUUUGGCAGAGGUUGGCACUCAGUGAAUGUUGUAGCAAUAGACAGGACACAGUUUAUUCCAAAGAUACCAUUUAUUGAAAUAGCUGACACAAAUUAGCAAACGAAUACUGAUCAGAUAUAGCAACAAUAGCAGCCAAGGAAUAAUUCAAUAUAAAUGGUGAUACAAUGUAUGCAGGUAAUAAUCAGUAGUGUAUGUGAUGAGAACUAAGGCACUAAUGGUGAUCAGAAGUAAUAGCUAUAUGCAAGUUUACAGUGUAGGGGCAAGUGGAUGUUAAAAUGUGAGAGGGAAAUCACGUGUUUGUGUGUCUGUGUGAGAGUGUGUGUGUAAGAGUGUAGGAGUGUGUGUGUGUGUGUGUGUGUGUGUGUGUGUGUGUGUGUGUGUGUGUGUGUGUGUGUGUGUGUGUGUGAGAGAGAGAGAGAGAGUGUAGGCGUGUGUGCGUGAGCCUUUGUGCUAGGUUCCGCCUGAAGGGGGAUGGGCAACAAGGAGAGCACACAAGGAAGAGAGAGACAAAGGAUCUGUAGCUUAAAACUAGUCCAGCUAAACUUCUACUCAACGCUUAGCUACUCCUGAAAUCCCAAUGUUGAGGAGUGUAGUGCGAUGGAGGGAGUUAAAGAGAGAAUGAGAAAGAGAGAGAACGCAUGCACGAUCUAACUAAAUACGGAUAGUAAAUAAAGCAAAUCAAACAACACAUGGUUUAAGACUGACUUUCAUGUGAAUCAAAAUGCGUACAUUUAAACCAUGAAUGAAUUCAAAUAAACAACACUCUUCACAUUAACUAGCCACAACUAAGACUAACAAUUGCCCAGAUGCCAGCCUUACUUGAGAUCGCUCUUGCUUGGUGACUGAAAGUGCGUCGUCUGUUAUCCGAAGACAGCAUGGAGCUCAGGUCCAGGGAGAAAACAGUUCUGUUCCUUUUGCUUUUACAGCUCGUCAGCUGAAGAUCUUCGGUGUCCCGUCGGUCAUCCGAUGAUCUGGAAGGAAUCUUGUUUGUAGUUCGUCGACGUUGCGAAAGGGAAAAGGGAUCCGGUCGCCUUUUCUCUUUAAAAUACUCCGUGGGCUGCAGUAACUAACCGGUUCAGUUAUUAUUACAACUAUGCGAAGAUCAAAUACAUUGAACUUUGGCUAAAGGUCCGGUAUCAAUAGCUUGUUCUUUGUUCUUUAGCACAGAUGCAAUGACGUCUCUUUCACGCGUGGAAGAUCCACCGCCAGAGAGAAGGAAUUUUGAUUCCGCCGCGGGUUUAAAGCACAGUCGUAACAUCAUUGUAUUUGGUAUCCGGUAUCAUCUCUGUAUCCAAUACCAUUACAGGGAGUCAGAAGAAUAGACGGAGAUAGAACAUGGCAUCGAGUACAGGGAUUGGUGUGUUCAUUGCUGUACAGUGAAAGGGAGAAGAUGGUUCAUAAAUGGUUACUAUGGCUACAGCAUGGCAAUCCAUCCCUACAUUGGUCUACAGCAUUUCUUUACAUGUGCCUAAGACUUUUGCAGAGUACUGUGUGUUUAUAUAUAUAUAUAUAUAUAUAUAUAUAUAUAUAUAUAUAUAUAUAUAUAUAUAUAUAUAUGCUGCCAUAUUUGCUGUAGGUCAAAUUCGACAUCAUUAGUAAAUAGAAAAUCCAUGACAUGCACUUUAAAAGUGUUGUGUUGAUUGAACAUAAUUACUGAGAAUCAGUGAGACAAGACAAAUAACUAAAACUUCUACUGACAAGUUGAACGCUAAAGUACACCUGAGAAAAAAAAUGAACAAAUUCCAACCAGCCAUCCAUUAUCCGUAACUGCUUAUCCUGUGCAGGGUCGCAGGCAAGCUGGAGCCUAUCCCAGCUGACUACGGGCGAAAGGCGGGGUACACCCUGGACAAGUCGCCAGGUCAUCGCAGGGCUGACACACAGAGACACACAACCAUUCACACUCACAUUCACACCUACGGUCAAUUUAGAGUCACCAGUUAACCUAACCUGCAUGUCUUUGGACUGUGGGGGAAACCGGAGCACCCGGAGGAAACCCACGCGGACACGGGGAGAACAUGCAAGCUCCACACAGAAAGGCCCCUGUCAGCCACUGGGCUCGAACCCAGAACCUUCUUACUGUGAGGCGACAGUGCUAACCACUACACCACCAUGCCGUCCAAAUUGACCAAAUUUUAAUCACCUGGUAAAAAAAAGCUAUAACUAAAACCUCAUCUCAUUAUCUCUAGCCGCUUUAUCCUUCUACAGGGUCGCAGGCAAGCUGGAGCCUAUCCCAGCUGACUAUGGGCGAGAGGCGGGGUACACCCUGGACAAGUCACCAGGUCAUCACAGGGCUGACACACAGAGACACACAACCAUUCACACUCACAUUCACACCUACAGUCAAUUUAGAGUCACCAGUUAACCUAACCUGCAUGUCUUUGGACUGUGGGGGAAACCGGAGCACCCGGAGGAAACCCACGCGGACACGGGGAGAACAUGCAAACUCCACACAGAAAGGCCCUCGCCGGCCACGGGGCUCGAACCCGGACCUUCUUGCUGUGAGGCGACAGCGCUAACCACUACACCACCGUGCCGCCCCGAGUAAAACCUAAUUCAUUCAUUAAGUUAAAUAAUUAAUAAGAUUUCAAUACAGAAUUAUGUGAAAGAAAUCAAAUAAUUUUGUCUUUGCUUGCCUGCUCAGGGGCUACAGAUGAAAAUUAGCUAGUAGCUACACAACAAUUGUGCAAAGCAUGUUUCAUACAUCAUCCCUAUCAAAUUAUCCAAAAGAACAGAUUCAGAUGAACGCUAACAUGAUGACGACUAGGGUAUCGAGAUAACUUUAUCAAAAUUUGACCUCCCAAAUAAAUUUAGCUAACGAUGCUCAGUCGCAAAGCCACAAACGACACAUUAGCUAAGGACUGAGGUUCAGUUAAAGAGAAGCUAAAAACAGGAAUAAACUCACCUCUGCAGCACCUCAGGAUCAAAAGCAAUCAGUUUCUGAGGACUGUGCACUAAUUAGCAAGAAUGUUAGCUAGUCAGUUUGUUAAAUAGCAAGUGUUCUUAGUAUCUAGCAUUCGUUAAGUGUUUAGAGCUGCAGUAUAUAAAUUUGGUUUAAUUUAUCGACGUACAAUAAGCAUUCAUUUUUAGUUCUCAUCUCAUUAUCUGUAGCCGCUUUAUCCUUCUACAGGGUCGCAGGCAAGCUGGAGCCUAUCCCAGCUGACUACGGGAGAAAGGCGGGGUACACCCUGGACAAGUUGCCAGGUCAUCACAGGGCCGACACACAGACACAGACAACCAUUCACAUUCACACCUACGGUCAAUUUAGAGUCACCAGUUAACCUAACCUGCAUGUCUUUGGACUGUGGGGGAAACCGGAGCACCCGGAGGAAACCCAUGCGGACACAGGGAGAACAUGCAAACUCCACACAGAAAGGCCCUCGCUGGCCCCGGGGCUCGAACUCAGCCCUUCUUGCUGUGAGGCAACAGCGCUAACCACUACACCACCGUGCCGCACCUCAUUUUUAGUUGAAUUUAAGUUAUUUCUUAAUGUUUUUUCCCUGUCAAAAUCCUAACAUACAGUGCCUUGCAAAAAUAUUCAUCCCCCUUGGUGU